UUUAGUUUUGAUUUUGCUGGUAGCCGGCAUAACCCAACUUCAGUCCAAACAGUGUCCCUUUGUCAUUUAAUAUUACGUGUGCAUCUCUAAAGUGAUUGGUGUCGUCAUCGCGGACAAACGCAAUUUUCAACGGUAUGACAAGCGUGUCUCAACGGUAGUAUUUUCGAGAAGACGCGCCAAGCCCUGAAGCGUGACACGGCGGCCGAGGAUGUUCACGACAUAAGAUCGAAGCGGCCACCAAGCGCCGUGAACGACGAGGAAGACAACGGGUGCACGAGUACGGCAGCACGAGGGCGCGCUCGCAGUGUUCGAACCAGGCGGGCAGCAGCUCCGAGCUCCUGGGCGGAACGAGGCGAGGGCUCCUGCCAGGCGAGACGUCCGUGGCAAGGUGCGGAGGACCGCGGAGCCGAGCGUGGACGUCCCAGGGCCCCUGCUGCCAGUGAUCGAGACGCUGGCGGACCCGAGGGCCGCCUGUCCCUGAGCUGCCGCACCUGAGCUGUGCCGAGCAGCGUUUCAGUCUGGCACAGAUGUUGCUGUGCUAGACGAGGUCCUCACGUGCGACCGCCGUACGUGGAUUACGAGCGGCGCAUGAGCUGGGCACCGAGGUCGUGCUGGAAGUGCGACUGUAGCACAUCGGUCGCGAGCGGCGUCCGAGCCGAACAUCGAGGACGUGUGGAACAAGGCGUCCCCUGGCUGCUGCCACGGCGGCUCCUGAGCGUGCCGAGUCCGAGAACCGUGCUGAACGGGGCCCGAGCGUGUGGUCGUCGCGGCCAGCUCCAGCACGGGUGGCCGCACGGUGCCGUGACGACCGAACUGUGAGCCUCGCAACGCGGGACUGUUUCAGCCCGUGGACACACUGACUGCAGUUACGCUGUCAUCAACUCUCUGUACAUAUUCAUAUUUUAUAGGUUGCUCUGAGUUUUAUAAACGCACAUAAAUGACUCUCUGUCUUUCUUCCGCAUCACUGCGCACUAGCGAAAGUGCCGAACCGUCCUAAUCACCACAAUUUCUGGCGUCCGCGACAGGACUAAGCUCUGCUUCCACCCUUAAGAGCCGCACUUCGCUUGUGUGCAGUGGUCGGAAAUGGGCUGGGAGAAAUUUAUUCCGAUAGGCAAGGAGCUUGGCUUGUCCGGUAAAGAACUAAGAGAGUGGAUUGACGAACAGCUUAACAGAGAACGCGAUAAACGAGCUGAGGUCAGGGAAGCAGCGCGAGUAGCCCAUGAACAGGAGAUCGCUCGAAUGACGGCGGAACGAGCUUUGUUAGAGACUAGACUAGAUGUCGUCUUGCAGAGCACGCGCCUGGGACGGUCGAAACCGGAAGCGGACGCGCGGAAAGCAGCCGUGAAGCAUUUGGAAGUCCCCACAAGCUUAUUCCUCCCUACAACGAGAGCCGCGACGAACUCGACGCGUACAUACAGCGCUUCGAGCGGGUAGCCACGAGCCAAGGAUGGCCAAGCGAUAGGUGGGCGCUAUCGUUAAGCUUGUGUUUGUCAGGCGAAGCCUUGAGCGUGAUCGGACGCAUGGCUGCGGACGAUGUCACAGACUAUCAAAAGCUGAAGCAAACUUUAUUGCAAAGGUUCCGGUAUACGGAAGAAGGAUACCGUCAAAAGUUUCGCGAAACUAAGCCGGAGAAUUCCGAGACAGGGCGGCAGUUUGCUGGUCGACUGCUUGGGUACUUCGAUGAUUGGCAGCAGAUGGCAAAAACAGAGAAAACAUAUGACGCAUUAAGAGAUAAGAUUGUUUCUGAACAGUUUUUGCUACGUUGCGAUGAGAGGCUCGCCAUCUUCCUGAAAGAGCGAGGAUGCCGCGGCCUCGACAAGCUAGCCGAAGCGGCUGACCAUUAUUUGGAGGCGCAAAACCUAACAAACCUCACCAGAGGAAAAGAAGAUAGAGGGAUUAGUAAAGCAGCCCUGCAAAGCAAGAAUUCCGAAACAGAGGCCAGGAAAGGAAAGGUUGAGUGCUUUCUAUGUGGCAAGCAAGGACACCGUGCUGCAGAUUGUUGGACGCGGUCAAAAGGACCGAAGUCCUCGUCUUGCUGGAAAAGCACGAAACAUGGACAUAAAGCUGACGAGUGCCCGAACAGAAACGGCAGCAACACGGAGGCGUCUAGUGCCAUUACUGUCUGCGACAGGAUGCCUGCCGCCCGGAACAAAGCAAGUCCGGCUCCUACCACUAAAUCUGAGUAUAAAACAAGGCCCCCUGUAAAAACAUAUGGAGAAGACAUCUGCCUUGGUCUUCAGACGCAAGAGAUGCCGACGGCAAGCGGAUAUCUCAAUGGACACCCGGUGUCGGUGUUGAGAGAUUUCGGCUGCAGUACUGUGGUCGUCAGGCGUUCGAUGGUGCCGGAAAAGAAUUUCACCGGUAUCAUGCGUACCAUUUACCUUCUGGACGGUUCGUUUAAGCGGCUUCCAGAGGCAAAGGUCUAUGUAGAUUCCCCCUUCUUCCGAGGAAGGACACUGGCACUCUGCAUGGAAAGGCCACUCUAUGAUGUUGUUCUUGGGAACAUCGACGGGGUGCUCUACCCUACUGGUUUCAAUCCGUCACAUGACCUGUCUGACAUGUCAAAACGGCACAAGGACUCGGCGACAGCAGAGGAGCCUGUUCGACACCAAGGCGUGUGCCCGGAUAGAGCUACCGUGAGUGCUGCGUCAAACCCUGCAACUGUGUCGACUGAGGCAACCAAGCAGGAGACGGAACCGUCUACUGAAGCAAAGGAUGAAGGUGCUACUGAAAGAGCUGGAGAAGGCCAGGAGGGCAGGAGACGAGCGUCCCUUCGGGCCAAUGGGCUUGUGAGUGAAGACAGUCUCGGUCGCCGUCGCAAGCGGCGCAAGCCCAGAAAGGAGGCGGAUAGCCACAGCCAAAGUGAGCCCGAGGGCAUUGACCGGAAAGGAGGAACUCCAUGUCGGGGUGGGCUCCGUUCUUACCAGCGACGCGUCCCUCGGGAUCGUUCAGACACAAGGUCACGCAUUGAUGUUGAUGAAAGCAUCCCCGAGUCACAUCGUUACGUCUCGGCUGAUGACACGCGCAAGUGUUCAUUGUACAUUGGGAACAUGUCAAGCCAGGUGACCAAGGAUGAAGUUCGUGCCCUGUCAGAUGCCAUCCGCAGUGUCCGCUUUAUAAACAGGCACAGUGCAUUCCUAGAUUUUGAGAGCCCAGAAGUGGCUACUGUACAGCUGGAGCUCCUGCGCAGCAAGCAGCUCAAGGGGAAGCCAGUGCAGGUGGAGCCUAGCAGACCACGGAACAGUUCCACAUACAAGCCAGACCGCCUGCUGUAUGUGCGAGGGCGUCCUGGUGACAAAGGCAUGGAUACCCUUGGAUUGCUAUUUCCUGAUGCCUUGCUCAUUGAUCGCCGUGCAGGCAAAGUGCUGCUGCGAUUCAAGGACCAUGAAAGGGCCAUAAGUGCCAUCAAACAAGUUAUUGCUCAUGAUGGGACAGACUACAAGUUCAGCUUUGCUGCUGUUUGUCCGAGAUGGAACCGCCGAGGUCCACCCCGAGGAGUGUGGCGUGAAGGGUAGCGAAAAUGUAGGCGCUGACCAGAUGAAACGAGCGCAAACUUACAGCAUGAAGUAAUUGUAUUUACCGCGUUUGUGAACACUUCAUGAACUACUUCUGUGCGUGGAAAAAAAAAAAAAAACUCUUGCAUAUGAACACUUUGUGCCUUAAGGACUGCGAACUUUACCCAUGCACGUGAUUUGGAAAGUUGUUUUCGUGAAACAACUUCUUAAAGUGGGGGGUGAAAUGUCAUACGUAAGUGCCGCGCGUCGCCCCUAGAAGAUCGAAGCGGCCACCAAGCGCCGUGAACGACGAGGAAGACAACGGGUGCACAAGCACGGCAGCACGAGGGCGCGCUCGCAGUGUUCGAACCAGGCGAGCAGCAGCUCCGAGCUCCUGGGCGGAACGAGGCGAGGGCUCCUGCCAGGCGAGACGUCCGUGGCAAGGUGCGGAGGACCGCGGAGCCGAGUGUGGACGUCCCAGGGCCCCUGCUGCCAGUGAUCGAGACGCUGGCGGACCCGAGGGCCGCCGGUCCCUGAGCUGCCGCACCUGAGCUGUGCCGAGCAGUGUUUCAGUCUGGCACAGAUGUUGCUGUGCUAGACGAGGUCCUCACGUGCGACCGCCGUACGUGGAUUGCGAGCGGCGCACGAGCUGGGCACCGAGGUCGUGCUGGAAGUGCGACUGUAGCACAUCGGUCGCGAGCGGCGUCCGAGCCGGACAUCGAGGACGUGUGGAACAAGGCGUCCCCUGGCUGCUGCCGCGGCGGCUCCUGAGCGUGCCGAGUCCGAGAACCGUGCUGAACGGGGCCCGAGCGUGGUCGUCGCGGCCAGCUCCAGCACGGGUGGCCGCACGGUGCCGUGACGACCGAACUGUGAGCCUCGCAACGCGGGACUGUUUCAGCCCGUGGACACACUGACUGCAGUUACGCUGUCAUCAACUCUCUGUACAUAUUCAUAUUUUAUAGGUUGCUCUGAGUUUUAUAAACGCACAUAAAUGAC